GUCGGCUACGUUGUCUGAGGUCGGGACAUCGACAAAGUGCACAAGGCCACGUUCACAGCAUUCUCGGCUGUAAUGGUGCUGAGUUUCGAUGUGCUUAGCGCGUUGAUGGAAUGAGGGAUCCUCUGUAAGGAUUCGCGCGCCUGUGUUGUCGAUGAAGAUGACAGUCGGGUGUGUCUGUUCGAGGUGUAGUUGCUGCAGGACGUUUCGAAUCCAGACGGCUUCUUUUGUCGCGGAGCAGGCGGCCAUAUACUCGGCUUCGGUGGAUGAUGUCGCGGUGGUGGAUUGCUUCUUCGACAUCCACGAGAUGAGUCCCGAUCCGAGAUUGAAGCAGUAUCCUGAGACCGAGCGACGAGUGUCCGGGCAGUUGGCGUAGUCUGAGUCCGUGUAUCCAACGAGUUGCGCUGAUUUCUCUCCGCCCAGCCCUAGCUCGUAGUCUCUGGUGCCCUUCAGAUACCGCACGACGUGUAUCGCUGCCCUCCAAUGAGUCUCGCCAUGUCCGCUGUUGAAACGACUCAGCACGCUGACUGCGUGCAUGAUAUCCGGGCGCGUCGAUAUGGCCAGGUACAUGAGGACACCCACUAGCUGUCGAUAAGGUUGUGUCGCCGCUCGUCUUCCCUCCUCCUCAGAUUGUGGGAGGUCCUUUUUGAUGAGUCUCGUGUUUGGGGGUAAAGGGGUUUUAACUGGGUUCGCAUCGGCGCACCUGUAGUCGUGAAUGAUUCUAUCGACUAGUGCCUUCUGAGAGAGGUGUACUCGUCGGUUUUCUCGAUCCCGGCGAAUGGCCCAACCGACAACAAAAUGUGCGUCGUCUCUUGUUAUC